CGCCGCAGGGGACCGCUGUCAGCAAAAUCUUCUACAUCCGAAGCGCGACGUCGAGCAAACACUUCCCCGGGCAGGGAGGGAAUGUCUGUGUCGGAGGAGAAUUAGAGACAAGCAGUCAGCAGCGCCUGCGAGCCAACGAGAGACGGAGACGGAUCGCUGGAACCUCGGAGACGGACGAUGUCGAAUGAACUUGAUUUCAGGUCUGUGCGGCUGCUGAAGAAUGACCCCGUUAGCUUCCAGAAGUUUCCCUACAGCAAUGAGGAUGAGGCCUGGAAGACGUACCUGGAGAACCCUUUGACAGCCGCCACCAAGGCCAUGAUGAGAGUCAACGGGGACGAGGAGAGCGUGGCCGCUCUGAGCUUUCUCUACGACUACUAUAUGGGUCCCAAGGAAAAGCGGAUACUGUCCUCCAGCACUGGUGGCCGGAAUGACCAAGGAAAGAAGUACUACCACAGCAUGGACUAUGAGUCGGAUCUUGCCCCCCUUGAGAGCCCCACGCACCUCAUGAAAUUUUUGACAGAGAGCGUGUCUGGAAGCCCAGACUACGCAGACCAACUCAAGAAGAACAACCUGCUAGGCUUGGAGGGGGCUCUACCCACCCCCGGCAAGACCAAUACCGUCCCCCCGGGUCCAAGUAAGCUGGAAGCCAGCUCCAUGGACAGCUACCUCUUGCCCACCAGCGACAUGUACGACAACGGCUCCCUCAACUCAUUAUUUGAGAGCAUUCAUGGGGUUCCACCCACACAGCGCUGGCAACCAGACAGCACCUUCAAAGAUGACCCACAGGAGUCGCUGCUUUUCCCUGAUAUCCUGAAGACAUCCCCAGAACCCCCAUGUCCGGAGGAUUAUCCAAGCCUCAAGAGCGACUUUGAAUAUACCCUGGGCUCCCCCAAAGCCAUUCACACCAAAGCAGGGGAGUCACCCAUGGCCUACCUCAACAAGGGACAGUUCUACCCGGUCACCCUACGCACACCAGCGGGAGGGAAAGGCCUCGCUCUGUCCUCCAGCAAAGUCAAGAGCGUGGUGAUGGUUGUAUUCGAUAACGACAAGGUCCCCGUAGAGCAGCUUCGCUUCUGGAGACACUGGCAUUCCCGGCAACCCACCGCCAAGCAGCGCGUCAUCGACGUCGCGGACUGUAAAGAAAACUUCAACACGGUCCAGCACAUCGAGGAGGUGGCCUAUAACGCGCUGUCCUUUGUGUGGAAUGUCAACGAGGAAGCCAAAGUGUUCAUCGGUGUCAACUGUCUGAGCACAGACUUCUCCUCGCAGAAGGGGGUGAAGGGUGUCCCCCUGAACUUGCAAAUUGACACUUAUGACUGUGGAGCAGGCACUGAGCGCCUGGUACACCGUGCUGUCUGCCAGAUCAAGAUCUUCUGUGAUAAGGGAGCAGAGAGGAAGAUGCGUGAUGAUGAACGGAAGCAGUUUCGAAGGAAGGUCAAGUGCCCAGACUCCAGCAACAAUGGCAUCAAGGGCUGCCUGCUGUCAGGCUUCCGGGGCAGCGAGACCACAUACCUGCGGCCAGAAGCUGACCUGGAGACCCAGCCCGUGUUGUUUAUCCCUAACCUGCAUUUCUCCAGCCUCCAGCGCCCAGGAGGGGUUGUCCCCUCAGCAGGACACAGCAGCUCUGACAGGCUGCCUCUGAAGCGCACCUGCUCACCCUUUGCUGAGGAGUUUGAGUCUCUUCCCUCCAAACAGGCCAAGGAAGAUGACCUUCAGAGAGUUCUGUUGUAUGUGAGGAGGGAGACAGAGGAGGUGUUUGAUGCACUCAUGUUGAAGACCCCGGACCUGAAGGGACUGAGGAAUGCGAUCUCUGAGAAGUACGGCCUCCCCGAAGAGAAUAUUUGCAAAGUGUACAAGAAAUGCAAGCGAGGAAUCCUGGUCAACAUGGACAACAACAUUAUCCAGCACUACAGCAACCACGUGGCCUUCCUGCUGGACAUGGGUGAGCUGGAUGGCAAGGUCCAGAUCAUCCUGAAGGAGCUCUGAGGGCCCAGCGCCAACCAUCCCGAACACAGGGCCUGGCUCAAGCCUCUUCGUACAACCUCUUCUGUGUUGGCUGGUACUUGAAAUGCCUUUCUCGGGAGAUGUGGUCUCGCAAACAGCAGACUCAGCGAUAUCUGAGCUAGGAAGAGACCAAGAAGGUUCCAGGAUCUAAACGUCCCACCGAGGCUUGAACUCACUCCAGAGAGCCCUGCAAGCACCCAACCCACCAGAGACACAGAGUCUAAUCAAUACAGACCCAACUGCCUGCUUUCUCUUCUAAGUCCCGCCGCAGAGGUCCCUACAGGGUACGGGGUCACACCACCCUCCCCGCAGGGCUACACGCGCUGUCCUGAUUGGCUCUGACGUUCACCCUUCAUCCUUCCACCAACUUCAGACCAAAGAAUUCUCACACUUUGGCCAGUUAACUUGAAACCUCGUGACUUUCAGAGGCCCUUGGAGAGGAAGCUUUCUCAUUGACUUCCUUGGCACAAGAUGUAAGUCGCCAUCAUCGAGCUGAGAAGAACAAAUCCCCUUGCCACCUACUGCUGUACACAUUUCUUAUUUACAGUUUUCAUUAUGUGAUAUAAAUAUAUAUAUAAGUAUAUAUUGUGUACAUAUAUGCAAUAUUUUGUAUGUUCGUGUUACAUUUUU